CGGGGCGGGUGUGCCCCGGUGACUUCACCGUCUGACUCGACCCACGUGCAAAGUUCAACACCAGGCCACGAGCCUUCCAAAAACGACAUCCGCACCGGCGGCCCCUACUCUAUGGCCGAGCAUUGGACUCGAUUCUUUCGCUAAUUGCCGUCUCACUCAGCGCUACCGGCUCAACCCCGGGUUGCGUCAUGCUGGCCUUCGUCGUCGCCGUCCCCGAGGCGCUGAAGCCCGCCAAUGUCGGACAGGCGCUCUCAGGGAUAUUUGGAAGCGUCAGCCUGACAGCUUGGAUAUGUCUUUUGCUUCCUCAAUUGAUCACAAACUACAAGACGAAGAGCGCAGAUGCCUUAUCCAUGAAGUUCCUGAUGAUAUGGCUGCUGGGUGAUCUUGCCAAUCUUUCCGGCGCCCUCUUCACAAGCCUCGCGCCGUCCACAAUAGCCCUCGCCAGCUACUUCUGCGUGGCUGACCUCAUCCUCAUCUCCCAAUGCACAUACUACAACACCAUCAACGCCCGCCGCCGCGAGCACCACCGCCGCCACCAUCACCAUCACCACCAUGACCGACGGCCCUCCACCGCCACCGUUGAUAGCGACCUCGCCGCAACCACCUCCACAGCCGCGACCGCUGCUCCACCAACCGAGACCGACGCCCUCCUCCCCAAGCACAACUACGACGACGACGAACACCCCGACCACCGCCACUAUCAUCACCACCAGCACCAUCACCACAAUGGCGCCCACCGCCCACGCCGCGACUCCUCCCCCGGCGGUGGCCUGCCGGGUUCGCACCGGCGCCACGAGCUCCGCCGCCGCGAGAGCACCGGCCUGGUCGACCCGCUGACGCGCAUCAUCACGGGCGAGGACGACACGCCCGACAGCAACCCGUGGCUGCACAACGCGGUGAGCCUGCUGGCCGUGUGGGCGGUCGGCGCGGCCGGGUGGUUUGUCAGCAACAAGAUGGGGGUGUGGGGGCUCGGUGGUGACGGCGGCGGUCCUGGUGGUGGUGCGUCCCCCGUGCCCGGGGGCGGUGAUGGUGGUGAUGGGGAGAUGAUGAAGGAGCCUGUGGCGGUUGUGGGGAUGGUGCUGGGGUAUGCGAGCGCGCUGUGUUAUCUAUGUGCGCGCAUCCCGCAGAUCAUCAAGAACUACCGCGAGAAGUCGUGCGAGGGGCUCGCCCUGCUGUUCUUCCUGCUGUCGCUGACGGGCAACUUCACCUACGGCGCCAGCGUCAUGGCCUACUGCCAGGACCGCGACUACUUCGUGCGCGCCCUGCCCUGGCUGCUGGGCUCGCUCGGCACCAUGGUCGAGGACUGCAUCAUCUUCGUCCAGUUCCGCAUAUACUCGCCCAAGAGGCAGCCCAAGGCCGCGGCGUCGGCUUGAGCAAGUCGCCCG